GCGGGUUGUGUCUGGGUACUGUACGCAAUACAAAUUGCCAAAAAAUAGAUGUUGUAAGUGACAUUCUGGAAAUUGUUUUGCCGGAUGUGAAUUUGGAGGAAAUCUAUAAACAUUUCGUUUGUGAAGUAUGUUCCGUGAAAUUAUUUGCCGAUUUUAAUUUUAAGUCGAUAUGUAUAAACACGGAAGAUAUUAUUUUUCCUCAUAUUAUUGCCAGUAAAAAGGCACCAGUUGACUUAAAAGAAGUUUAUCUAAAGGAGAAGGGAAGUAUUCAAUUGAAUAUAUCGGAAGAUCAGAGAAUUUGCCGAUUAUGUUUUCAAUUAAUAACAUCUGGAUUUGUGUCACUAAAUGAAGUAGAUGUUGACAUAAUUGAUACAUAUAUACCACAAGUUAAUAUCAGUGCUACCAGUCAUCCUGUUAUAUGCGGACCGUGUUUUGAUUCACUUCGUACUCAUGGCAGUUUUUUAGGAAACUGUCUUGAUGCACAAGAAAGAUAUAAAAGUAUUGAUAAACAAUCUUAUAUUAAGACUAAAGAAAAUGAAAUAAACCUAGAAGACGAUUAUCAGAAUGUGCAGCAAAAAUGUAAUAGUGCUGAUAAGUCUUUUUAUAUUAAAUCUGAAGAGAUUGAAAUCAAGGUAGAGGAAGAUGGUGAGAAUAGUGGUUCAUCUUCAUACGACUUAGAUAAUGAAGCAAUUGAAAACAAGCAAAGAUAUCCUUCUGAAGACAUAGGAGUGGUAACGAGUGAACAUAUGCUUAAAUGUGAGCCUGGACUUAAUGAAAACUUUACAGCGACGAUGUCAGUUCAUAACAUUCAAAUAUGCAACAGUGAAAAACCCGAAUUUCAAAAGAAUGAUAAACUUAAAUAUGGGACUAGUAAUGUGCAACAUAAAAAUCCUUCAAAAAUCCAAAUGUAUAAGUGUGAUGGGUGUGAUCAUACAACUAAAUAUAGUUGGACUCUACAAGUGCAUCAGUGCAGUGUGCAAUUGCACAAAGACUCUAUAGAAGAGCAAAUGUUAAUGUACUACAACUCUUUGGGAAUCCAGAUGUGGAAGUGUGAUAUUUGUAGUUUUGAAACUAGAUAUAAGAAAACUCUAAAAGCGCAUAUCUUAUGGCACAAUGGUGGUUCAGACAGCCCAAUGUACAAGUGUGAUGCUUGCAGUUUUGAAACUAGUCAUAAGAGGUAUCUAAGCAUACACCAGUUAAAGCACAAAGACUCUUCAGAAGUCCAAAUGUAUAAGUGUGAUAUGUGUAAUUUUGAAACUAAAUAUAAGAAUGAUGUAAGAAGACAUCAGUUGUUGCACAAAGACCCUUCGGAACUUCAGAUGUAUCAGUGUGAUACGUGUAGUUUUCAGACUAAACAUAAGCGUAAUCUAAAAUUACAUCAGUUACGACACAAAUGCCCUUUGGAAAUCCAAAUGUACAAAUGUAAUAUGUGUACUUACGAAACUAAAUAUAAGUAUGUUCUGAAAAGGCAUCGAUCAAUUGAUCACAACCCUUUGGGAAUACAAAUGUGGAAGUGUAAUAUGUGUAGUUACGAAACUAAAUAUAAAAGAAGUCUAAAGGUGCAUCUUUUACUGCACAAAAACAUCCAAAUGUACAAGUGUGAUACUUGUACUUACGAAACUAAAUUUAAGAUUCGUCUAAAAAUGCAUAAGUUAUGGCACAAAGGCCUUUUGGAAAACCAAAUGCACAAGUGUGAUACAUGUGGUUAUGAAGCUGACUGUAAGAAUAGUCUAAAUUCGCAUCAAUUAGUACACAAAGACACAUCGGAAAUCAAAAUGUACAAAUGUGAUGUUUGUCCUUACGAAAGUAAACACAGGAGAUAUUUGAAAGGUCAUCAGUUAAUUCACAAAGACAAUUCAAAAGUCCAAAUGUAUAAGUGUGACGCUUGCAGUUAUGAAACUAAACGUAAGGCGUAUCUAAAAUUACAUCAGUUAAUACACAAAGACCUUUCGUAAAUUCGUUUAUUUUAUAUCGUGAUCAACUUGCUAGAACAAGAACAAUGAAUGGUCAUUGGUAAAUUUUAAUAACUGAUUUUUUUACCGAUGAUGUGCAGUCAAUCAUUUAAUGCUCUUUGAUACCAAAAACAUAUGUACGCAAAAAAUAUCUAACCCCAGAGAAGAUUCUUAAUAUUUAUCAAUACUAUAAUCAGUUGUAUAAUUUCUAAUUCUUAUUUUAAAUAGUUAUUAUGUAUAUAGUGUGGCUCAAUGUCAAAGGACGAUUAAUUGAGUAAUUCAGUUAAAAUAAAAUUUUAGUAUUGUUUCGGCGAAUAGUGGACUAUAAAAAUUAAAUGAACUAACAAAAAAAAAAUAGGAUUCACCUAUCUGGAAACUGUUGGUUUAAAAUGUCUUUUGCAACUUGUGGAACCACAUCGUAUUCAAAAAUUUCACCUGGCAAUCCCUGCAAUAAUUAUUGCAUUAAGUCGUCUCUUAAAAACAUGGCAUAACUUUCUCCAGUAAGGUUCCAUUCGAAAAAAAAUCGACCAACUACAGUCAUAUUUAUUAACCGCCCCACACAUUUAUUGUCCAUUUAUGUUGACUACUUAUUCCAAAUAGGUGAGGAUUUAUGUUAGAAUAGUAAUGAAAAUUGUGUUAAUUUACAAAACCGUUCUUGUGAAAAGUUGCUUCAUCUUAAAAUAAUACGUUGAUGAAAAAAUCAGGAACUUCUCGCAAUUUUUGAGAAUUUUGGUAUGGACGAAAUUUGUGUUUCUUAAUAAUAUGCCUAAUAAAUGUCUCACUAAUAUUUGUCUAUUAUUUACAGAAACACUAGUAGCAAUAAGGA